AUGCUUCUUCCGACGAACAAGCCCACGACAGCGCUGAUUCUUCGUAGCCGAAUGAAACGUCGGUACCUCCUCAUCGAUUGGCUAUGGCGUAAAAUGGCUUUUCUUAAGCGGAAAAAAGUCAAGUUCAGCGUCGACUUGCAGGUAUGCAAUUUGAGCGAUGUGCCACUGGUAAACGCGGUCCUGUUCGCAAAGAUACGACUGUUAGAAGGAGGCACGUUUGAUGAUUGUACUGAGCGUGUUGAGGUGGUUCGCAACAGUUGUUCAUGGUCUCAUCGCUCGAAUUUCUGUUGUCGAAUAACGUCGGAUCCAACCUCUGGCAUAUUGGAAAGAUGUUUAUGUCGGAUUUCCAUCAGAAAAGAACAGAAAGGAGGCAAAUCUUUUCUGAAGCUCGGAUUUGUCGAUAUUAAUCUUUCUGAAUUCGCUGGGAGUGGUGUCGAGGGUAUGACACGUUCCUAUCUAUUAGACGGCUACGGGUUACAUCAACGGCAGGAUAACUCGAAAGUUCAGAUUAAGAUCACAAUGACACAUCAAAGCGCUGAUCCAUUCUUUAGAGUGCCUUUUAUCGGUGGAGCUGACACGAUUGAAGACAGCUCAUUAAAUCCAUAUCUAAAAGCAUCAGAUGUAGAAGAGGACGAGGAUGAAGAUAUAGCCGGUUCAUUUGUGAAAUUGCGAGCGCAAGCAAAUACCGAUGCCCCCGAGUGUAGCUCGAUGGCCGGAUCGUGCUCGGUACCCGACGAGUGUGCCUCGAUGUCGUCAGAUAAUCGGAGAAAUGCACCAUCGACGUUGCGGAGACUCAGCCAGGACAGAUCUAGUGCACCACGAAUUCAGAGCACAAGGAUUGACGCAGGCGGUGUGAUAGACCGCAUGCUUGCCGAAACUCGAUGGCCAGCGAGGGGAGAAGCAAGUGCGUCAGAAGAAGGUUUAGCGUUAUACGUGGAUCAAGAUGGCGCGGCCAGUAUAGAUCCACAAGGAGCAGGCUUUCAAAAGGUUACCCUUGCCGAUACUAGUUCAUAG